GCUUCCGGCGUGUGGGCGGCGGGUCGGGGCCCGGCGGGGGCAGGUCCCCGGCGCCGACCUGGGCCUCUUCGCCGGCAUCAUGUCGGACUCGGACAGCGACGAGGACUCGGGCGGGGGCGGCCCCUUCUCCCUGGCCGGCUUCCUCUUCGGGAACAUCAACGAGUCGGGCCAGUUGGAGGGGGACAGCGUGUUGGACAAGGAAUGCAAGAAGCACCUCGCGGGGCUCGGGGCCCUGGGCCUGGGCAGCCUCAUCACCGAACUCACCGCCAGCCAGGACGACCAGGACCAGGAUGACCAGGACGCCCCCGACAGGACCCCCGUGGACGAGGAGGGAUGGGUGAAGAGCACCGACGAGGCCGUGGACUACUCGGACAUCAGCGAGAUGGCGGAGGACGAGAGCCGCAGAUUCCGGCAGGUCAUGGGCAACCUGCAGCUGCCGGGGCGCUCAGACGACGAGGACGACUACGACGCGGACGGCGACGACAUCGACGCCAAGCUGAUGCCGCCCCCGCCCGCGCCGCCCAGCCCGGCCAAGAAGGAGCAGGACAAGGACCACGGCCACGCCGAGGCCGGGGACGGGAUCAUCCUGCCGUCCAUCAUCGCCCCGUCGGCGGCGGCGGGCUCGGCCACGGCGGGGGAGAAGACCGAGAGCAGCAGCAGCUCGUCCGACUCGGAGUCGGAGGCCGGGCCGCGGGCCGCCCGGCUGGCCGAGCCCAAGGAGGGCCAGCUGACCCUGCCCCUGGCCGGCAUCAUGCAGCACGACGUCACCAAGCCCCUGCCCUGCGUCACCCACCUCUUCCCUGAGUUCCGGCCCGGAAAGGUGCUGCGCUUCCUGCGGCUGUUCGGGCCGGGCAAGAACGUGCCGUCGGUGUGGCGGAGCGCCCGGCGGAAGCGGAAGAAGAAGCCCCCGGCGCGCGAGGCCGGGCCCGGCGGCCCGCCGCCCGAAGGGGAGGCCGGCCCCGACCCCCGGCCCGACCGCCCCUGCCCGUGGGCGGCCGAGCCGGCGCCCCCGCCGCCCCCCGAGCAGUGCCUGUCCGACGACGAGAUCACGAUGAUGGCGCCGGUGGAGUCCAAGCUGAGCCAGGCGGCGGGCGCGGCGGCCAAGGUGGCCGAGGCGGAGCCGCGGGUGGCCGAGUGGCGCUACGGGCCGGCCCGCCUCUGGUACGACAUGCUGGGGGUGCCCGAGGACGGCGGCGGCUUCGACUACGGCUUCAGGCUCAAGGAGCCCGACGACCGGCCCGGGGGCCGGACGCCGGCCCCGGCCCCGGAGGAAGGCGGGACGGCCGAGGAGACGGACCUCCUGGCCAACGAGAACUUCCUGAUGGUCACCCAGCUCCACUGGGAAGACGACAUCGUGUGGGACGGCGAGGACGUCAAGCACAAGGGGACGAAGCCGCAGCGGGCCAGCUUGGCCGGCUGGCUGCCGUCCAGCAUGACGCGCAACGCCACCGCCUACAACGCCCAGCAAGGCGUGGCGGCCGUCCUGGACGAGGACAAGCCGUGGUACUCCAUCUUCCCCAUCGACAACGAGGAGCUGGUGUACGGCCGCUGGGAGGACGGGAUCAUCUGGGACGCCCAGGCCAUGGUCCGCCUGCUGGAGCCCCCCGUGCUCACCCUGGACCCCAACGACGAGAACCUCAUUCUGGAAAUCCCCGACGAGAAAGAAGAGACGGCGUCCACGUCUCCGUCCAAGGAGAACAAGAAGGAAUCCUCCCUGAAGAAGAGCCGCAUCCUGCUGGGGAAGACGGGGGUCAUCAAGGAGGAGCCCCAGCAGAACAUGUCCCAGCCGGAAGUGAAGGACCCCUGGAACCUCUCCAACGACGAGUUCUACUACCCCAAGCAGCAGGGCCUGCGCGGGACGUUCGGCGGGAACAUCAUCCAGCACUCCAUCCCGGCCGUGGAACUGAGGCAGCCGUUCUUCCCCACGCACAUGGGCCCCCUCAAACUCCGGCAGUUCCACCGGCCCCCGCUGAAGAAAUACUCCUUCGGGGCCCUGUCCCAGCCGGGGCCCCACCCCGUCCAGCCCCUCAUGAAGCACAUCAAGAAGAAAGCCAAGGUGCGGGAGCAGGAGCGGCAGGCCUCCGGCGGGGGCGAGAUGUUCUUCAUGCGCACGGCGCAGGACCUCACCGGCCGGGACGGGGACCUCAUCCUGGCCGAGUACAGCGAGGAGAACCCCCCGCUGAUGAUGCAGGUCGGCAUGGCCACCAAGAUCAAGAACUACUACAAGCGGAAACCCGGGAAGGACCCCGGGGCCCCGGAUUGCAAAUACGGAGAGACCAUCUACUGUCACACGUCUCCUUUCCUGGGCUCCCUGCACCCGGGCCAGCUGCUCCAGGCCUUUGAGAACAACCUCUUCCGCGCGCCCAUCUACCUGCACAAGAUGCCGGAGACCGACUUCCUCAUCAUCCGGACGCGGCAGGGCUACUACAUCCGGGAGCUGGUGGACAUCUUCGUCGUGGGCCAGCAGUGCCCCUUGUUCGAGGUGCCCGGCCCCAACUCCAAGCGGGCCAACACGCACAUCCGGGACUUCCUGCAGGUGUUCAUCUACCGCCUGUUCUGGAAGAGCCGGGACCGGCCGCGGCGGAUCCGCAUGGAGGACAUCAAGAAGGCCUUCCCCUCCCAUUCGGAGAGCAGCAUCCGCAAGCGGUUGAAGCUCUGCGCCGACUUCAAGCGCACCGGCAUGGAUUCCAACUGGUGGGUGCUGAAAUCGGAUUUCCGCCUGCCCACGGAGGAGGAGGUGCGGGCCAUGGUGUCCCCGGAGCAGUGCUGUGCCUAUUACAGCAUGAUCGCGGCCGAGCAGAGGCUCAAGGACGCCGGCUACGGAGAGAAGUCCUUCUUCGCCCCCGAAGAAGAAAACGAGGAAGACUUCCAGAUGAAAAUCGACGACGAGGUCCGCACGGCCCCCUGGAACACCACCCGCGCCUUCAUCGCCGCCAUGAAAGGGAAAUGCCUGCUGGAGGUGACCGGGGUGGCCGAUCCCACGGGCUGCGGGGAGGGCUUCUCCUACGUCAAGAUCCCCAACAAGCCCACCCAGCAGAAGGACGACAAGGAGCCCCAGCCGGUGAAGAAGACGGUGACGGGGACCGACGCCGACCUGCGCCGCCUCUCCCUGAAGAACGCCAAGCAGCUGCUGCGCAAGUUCGGCGUGCCCGAGGAAGAGAUCAAGAAGCUGUCGCGCUGGGAGGUGAUCGACGUGGUCCGCACCAUGUCCACGGAGCAGGCCCGCUCCGGGGAGGGGCCCAUGAGCAAGUUCGCCCGGGGGUCCCGCUUCUCCGUGGCCGAGCACCAGGAGCGCUACAAGGAGGAGUGCCAGCGCAUCUUCGACCUGCAGAACAAGGUCCUGGCGUCCACGGAGGUGCUGUCCACGGACACGGACAGCAGCUCGGCCGAGGACAGCGACUUCGAGGAGAUGGGGAAGAACAUCGAGAACAUGCUCCAGAACAAGAAGACCAGCUCCCAGCUGUCCCGCGAGCGGGAGGAGCAGGAGCGCAAGGAACUGCAGCGGAUGCUGCUCGGCGACGACGGGCCCCACGACAAGGACAAGGCCAAGAAGGACAAGAGGGACCGGAAGGGGCUGGCGGCGGGCGGCCCGGGGGCGUCCGGGGGUCCUCACAAGGACGACGACACGGCCUCGGUGACCAGCCUGAACUCGUCGGCCACGGGCCGCCGCCUGAAAAUCUACCGCACGUUCCGAGACGAGGACGGGAAGGAAUACGUCCGCUGCGAGACCGUCCGCAAGCCGGCCGUCAUCGACGCCUACAUCCGCAUCCGCACCACCAAGGACGAGGAGUUCAUCCGCAAGUUCGCGCUCUUCGACGAGCAGCACCGCGAAGAGAUGCGCAAGGAGCGCAGGAGGAUCCAGGAGCAGCUGAGGCGGCUGAAGCGGAACCAGGAGAAGGAGAAGCUCAAAGGGCCCCCCGAGAAGAAGCCCAAGAAGAUAAAGGAGCGUCCGGAUCUGAAGCUGAAAUGCGGGGCCUGCGGGGCCAUCGGACACAUGAGGACGAACAAGUUCUGCCCUCUGUACUACCAAACCAACGCCCCGCCCUCCAACCCGGUGGCCAUGACGGAGGAGCAGGAGGAGGAGCUGGAGAAGACGGUCAUCCACAACGACAACGAGGAGCUCAUCAAGGUGGAGGGCACCAAGAUCGUCCUGGGGAAGCAGCUGAUCGAGAGCGCCGACGAGGUGCGGCGGAAAUCCCUGGUCCUCAAGUUCCCCAAACAGCAGCUGCCGCCGAAGAAGAAGCGGAGGGUCGGCACCACCGUCCACUGUGACUACCUCAACAGGCCACACAAGUCCAUCCACCGCCGGCGCACGGACCCCAUGGUGACGCUGUCGUCCAUCUUGGAGUCCAUCAUCAACGAAAUCCGCGACCUCCCCAACACGUACCCCUUCCACACGCCGGUGAACGCCAAGGUGGUGAAGGACUACUACAAGAUCAUCACGCGGCCCAUGGACCUGCAGACGCUGCGCGAGAACGUCCGCAAGCGCCUCUACCCGUCCCGCGAGGAGUUCCGCGACCACCUGGAGCUCAUCGUCAAGAACAGUGCCACCUACAACGGCCCCAAGCACUCCCUGACUCAGAUCUCCCAGUCGAUGCUGGACCUCUGCGACGAGAAGCUCAAGGAGAAGGAAGAUAGGCUGGCCCGUUUGGAAAAAGCCAUCAACCCGCUGCUGGACGACGACGACCAGGUGGCCUUUUCCUUCAUCCUGGACAACAUCGUCACCCAGAAGAUGAUGGUGGUCCCCGACUCCUGGCCGUUCCACCACCCGGUCAACAAGAAGUUCGUCCCCGACUACUACAAGGUGAUCGUCAACCCGAUGGACCUGGACAGCGUCCGCAAGAACAUCUCCAAGCACAAGUACCAGAACCGGGAGAGUUUCCUGGACGACGUGAACCUGAUCCUGGCCAACAGCGUCAAGUACAACGGUCCGGACAGCCAGUACACCAAAACGGCCCAGGAGAUCGUCAACACCUGUUACCAGACGCUGGCCGAGUACGACGAGCACCUGACGCAGCUCGAGAGAGACAUCUGCACGGCCAAGGAGGCCGCCCUGGAGGAGGCGGACCUGGAGAGCCUCGACCCCAUGACCCCCGGGCCGUACACCCCCCAGCCUCCCGACCUCUACGACAACAACACGUCCCUCAGCGUGUCGCGGGACGCCUCGGUCUACCAGGACGAGAGCAACCCGUCGGCCCUGGACACGCCCACCGCCACCCCCGAGAAGCGGGGGGCCCAGAUGCGGCAGGGCCAGGGCAGGCUGGGCCAGGAGGACUCUGAUGUAGAUAUUGAAGGGUUUGGUGAGGAGGAGGAGGAGGAGGAGGAGGAUGAGGAGGAGGAGGAGGAGGAGGAGGAUGGGAAACCUAAGACUCCGGCCCCAGAGGCGGAGGACGGCGACGACCUGGCCGAGGAGGAGGAGGGGGCGGCUCGGCGGCCGCAGGCCAGCGUCCUGUACGAGGACCUGCUCAUGUCCGACGGGGAGGACGACGACGCCGCCGGGAGCGACGAGGAGGGGGACAAUCCCUUCUCCUCCAUCCAGCUGAGCGAGAGCGGCAGCGACUCGGACGUGGAGGGCGGAGGCGGGCGGCCCAAACAGCCCCACGGGCUGCUGCGGGACGGCACGCGGCUGGGCCUGGGCCUGGACGCCGAGGAGACCAUGCUGGCCUACGCAGGGGAGCCCGCCGGGGCCGCCCACGCCACGGAGGACAGCAACAUCAGCUACGGGAGCUCGGAGGAGCCGGACCCCAAGUCGGCCACGCGGGACACGAGCUACAGCAGCGCCGGCGGCUACGACGUGUCGGAGGAGGAGGACGACGAGGAGGAGGAGGAGGAGCAGCCCUGCGGGCCCAGCGUGCUGAGCCGCGUGGCCCUGUCCGAGGACGAGGACGACAGCGAGGAUUUCCGCUCCAUGGCCGGAGAGAGCGACCUGGACUCGGACGAGUAGGGGGGGGCGCGGGAGACUCGGGGCGGGGGGUCCGGGGGGACGCCGCACCACGGGGACCCGGCCACCGACCCCCGGGGAGGCCGGGCGCCCGUCGCGGGCGGCGGCCCGGAUCGAAUGAGUCCGACCGGCGGACCGGCCCUUCUCCGGAAGGCGGCGGCGGGAGCGUGGGGAAUAAACGGCCGUUUUUCCCGGA